UCAAGAAGUCAAACUAUGAAACUAUGAAGCCAUAGUGAUCCCCAGCUGAGCAUUUGUCACCGCUGCCUGAUGCUUUCAGCACUUUGUUUUCCGACUCCCCUCUGACUGUGAAGGAGGCGCUUUUGUGCAGGGAGAAAAAAAACCUAAAACCAGCUGCGCUCAAAGUGUCCAAGUGGAAACGAGAGAAAAAAGUUUUCUGCCACGUUUUGACAAAACACAGCGGAGUAGCAUCGAUCGAGUCUUGUUUGGUUUGGUUUGUUUGUUUUUUUCGUCAGGACGGCGGGACGUGAGUAGAAAAGUUAGUUUCCUGAGAUUUUUUUUUGUUCGGGGCAGUUUGCAGAUAAAGAAGAAUGCUGCCCCAGCUCGUCACCCUGGCCUGUGGUCUCUGCUGCUUCGCUUCUACCUCCGUCACUGCAAAUGUACUAAAAGCUGAGGCUUGGCUGCAGCAGUAUGGUUACCUGCCUCCAGGUGAUGUCAGAGCUCAGGCCAUCCGCUCGCCAAAGUCUGUUGAAUCAGCGAUAUCAGCCAUGCAGAGGUUUUACGGUUUGACUGUCACCGGCUCCAUCGACUCCAACACGAUAGAGGCGAUGAGCCGGCCGCGGUGUGGCGUCCCCGACAAGUUCGGCCCGCAGCUGAAAACCAACUUGAGGAGGAAGAGAUACGCCGUGCAGGGUCUAAAGUGGGACAAGUCUGAGGUCACCUUCAGCAUACAGAACUACACCCCCAAGAUCGGAGAGCAAGCCACAUACGAAGCCAUCCGCAGAGCCUUCAAGGUUUGGGAGAGCGCCAUCCCGCUCACCUUCCGGGAGAUCCCCUACAGCCAGAUCAGGGACAAGGUCGACAAGUUCGCAGACAUCAUGCUCUCGUUCUCAGAAGGCUUCCAUGGCGACAGCACGCCGUUUGACGGCGAGGGCGGCUUCCUGGCCCACGCUUACUUCCCAGGCAACGGCAUCGGGGGAGACACGCACUUUGACCUGGCUGAGCCGUGGACCACCGGGAACACCGACCAGGGGGGUAACGAUGUCUUCCUGGUGGCCGUCCACGAGCUGGGCCACGCUCUGGGGCUGGAGCACUCCAACGACCCCUCCGCCAUCAUGGCGCCGUUCUACCAGUGGUUUGAGACGGAAAACUUCCAGCUGCCAGACGACGACCGCAGAGGCAUCCAGGCCAUCUACGGAAGCAAGUCUGGAGCUCCGCCUCCUCCCCCUCCUCGCCCUCGUCCCACGAAGCCGGCGUACCCCGACAGCGGCCCGGACAUCUGCGAGGGACACUUCGACACCAUCGCCGUCCUCAGAGGGGAAAAGUUUGUAUUUAAGGACAAGUGGUUUUGGCGUGUGCGUAACAACAAGGUGCUUGCAGGCUACCCGAUGACCAUCAGUCACUUCUGGAAAGGCCUGCCGUCAAACAUCAACGCCGCCUACGAGAGAGAUGACGGGAAAUUUGUCUUCUUCAAAGGUGAUAAGUACUGGGUGUUCAGUGAGUCCAGCAUGGACAAGGAUUCCCCCAAGAGCCUGAAAGACAUUGGCACCGGUCUGCCCAAAGACAAGAUCGACGCUGCUCUCUUCUACACGCCGACCGGACAGACGUACUUCUUCAGAGGCAACAAGUAUUACCGUUUCAACGAGCAGACUCGCACCGUGGACAGCGGUUAUCCAAAACCCAUCAGCAUGUGGACCGGCGCACCAGAAAACAUCAAAGCUACCAUCAUGAGCGAAGAUGGAUCCUACACUUACUUCUACAAAGCCAACAAGUACUGGAAGUUUAACAACCAGUACAUGAAGGUGGAGUCCGGCUACCCCAAGUCCGUGCUCAGCGACUGGAUGGGCUGCGAGAGCGACGAGCCCAAGAAGGGUCGGGAAGAGGAGGUGAUCAUCAUCGAGGUGGACGAAUCGCAGAGCGGGGCGGGGCCGGCCGCCGUGGUCAUCCCUCUGCUGCUCCUGGUGCUCGUCGUGGUCACCCUGGGAGCGCUUUUGUUCUUCAGGAAGUACGGCACGCCCCGACGCCUCCUCUACUGCCAGAGAUCCCUCCUGGACAAGGUGUAAGAAGAGCAGCGGCGAGGGGGAUUCACAGACUGCCACAGAGGGACAGAAAGAGAGCGGGAGAGAACGAGGGCCGGGUGAAGAUGGAAACUGAGAGGAGGAAGACAUGGAAGAGGAGAGGAGAGCCAUCGGAUUAAAGACGGGGGGUUGGAGGGGGACGAUGUGUUAAGUGUUCGGUGGUUUGUAUCUGCCACAAAAAGAGAGAAAAAAGGCCCUAGAAACUGAAAUCAGGAAAAUGUGUAUUUGUAUGUUAAGUAUUUACAUGUACUGUUCAGAGAUUUACCCACCAUCUCACAUAGAGAAGGGAAAUAUACAAAGAGACUCAUCAACAACUUCCUCCCGCCUCUCCCAAAGAAACAUCCCUCCCUCCUUCCUCUCCUUUAACUGGACGACUCCAGCUGAACUGCUGUCUGAAAUUCAUCAUCUCUGUUAAGAGUUUUUUGCUCGGAAAUACAUUUGCUGUUUGUUUUUUUGGGGGGGAGUUUUCUGAAAUUCACUCAUUUGACAUUGACAUGGCAUUUUUGCUCGUUAAUCCACAGUUUUCACCAAGCUUUGAUAUCCGACUAUGCGGUGUUUCCUGUAUUUCUUACAUUUUCUUACUUCUACCACUAAGAAGGGCUGGGUGUCGGACUUUAUAGUUCUUUAUAACUGCUUGAAAUGUGUCUACUGCACACAACCUCUUUCCUAAUUCCAGAUUUAAAGCAAAAUUCUGAUAAUUUAAGAUGUUUUUCUUAAGGCAAAGUUCUUGUACAGUGCUCAUGUUCUUAAAGCAACAAAAAUGCAAAUAUUUCUCAAACUAAAGUACUGAUAUUUUCUUUCAUAAAAGCACAAAUACAGAACAUUUUAAAGCGACCCCCAGCCCUGUUACAAUAAGGAUUCUCUCCAAUUGGUUUAAAGGGAAAUCUUGUUAUUUUUCCACCUGGAUUCUAUUUUCUCAUGUUAUUGUUGUUUUAGGGACUAAAAUUAAUCCAGUAUUGGGUGAAAGCGAUGCAGCCUGAAGCCACAAAACGAGCUAAAAAAAAACUUUUCAAAUAUUUUAUCAAAUUUUGGUGUUUCCAUCAAGCUUUUCUCAUGCAAAUCUUCAAAGUGCACAUAGAAAUUUGUUGAUAGAACUCAACUACUGUCAAUGUACGUCCACUAAAGGUGUUUGUUUUUGACGCAGAAAGGCUCAGAUUGUUAUUUUAAGUAUCUGCCAAUUUUAUGGAAAGAUGGAGAACUCUCCUUCUGAAAUAUGUUUCUGAAAAGUGAAGCUGUUAUCUAAAAAAAUGUAAAUGUCAUGUCAAUAUUUAGAUUGAUUUCUACAAUGUGGAUGAAACUUGCCAGGAUUUAUCUGAGCCAAACUUUACGGAUGAAGCAGCUGCUGCAAGGCUGCAAGAUUUCAGACGGAGACUUCUCCUUUAACAAGACUUUGACACAAUAAAAAAAUGUCACGGGACAAGUCAGACAUAAUAUCUCUGCUGGGUUCUUUUCAACACUUAUAAUAAUAUUCUGAGCCUGUUGGCGGCAAAAACAAGCACUUUUGGAGGACAAAAUGCAACAUUAAUGCUGCACGAUUGUCGUUUUGCUCGUUUUGUGGCUUCAAGCUGCAGCACUCACCCAGUUUUUUGAAAAAGGGAUGCAAAAACGUGGGAAAAUGUUUAAAAAUACCCUUAAAAAUUUCCCUGAAAUGCUAAAUAUGACCAUGCUUGUGUUAAUUAUCACCUGCCCCCAGUUGGAUGGAUUGGACUGAAGUAUAGCAGCAUGUCCUUUAUGCACAGUGUUAUGAUUGAUUGAUGCAGAUUUAUUUUAACAUGCACACAUGAGAUGUAUGAUUAGUAUUUUUCUUAUAAAUCCAGGAUUAUUUCCAUAAAAGCAAGACUCAAGAUAAGGUUGCUAGAGGCAAAAAAACAUCUAAAAAAAUGAACUAGAAUCAUUUUUUAUGUGUUUUUAAUGCAACUUGAUUCACAAGCAAAACUCUUUUCUCAGUGUAAGCAGUCAGACGGGAAAAAUAUUUUCUUAAAAACUCACGAAAGACAGUUUUCAAACAUUCCAGUGCAUUUGUUGUCGAACAGGAGCAGAGCUGCUUGUCCAACGUGUCAGUAAGCGGUACGGUUUCCAACAAUAUGGUGCAAUUUUUUUUAAUUAUUAUCGUUGUUAUGGGAAAUUGUUGUUAUUAUAAGUAUGGUUAUUGUUAUUAUUGUUCUCCUGGUAAAGAUAUAAUGAUUUUUUCUUCUUUUUUUUUUUGUCUUUUUGUACAUUGUCAUUUGGAGUCCUGCUGGACAGAGGCGUAACGUGACAAUGGUGGAAAUGAAUCCCAGUUUACACUCGUAAAGCGUGUGAUGAAUCAGAUCAGAUCAGGGGAGGAAAUGUGAGUUCAGGGAGUUUCUUUUUACUCUGAAACAACCGAAAAUACAGCGAUGUUGGCACAGAAUAACAAGCUAUUUAUGAACUUUGAUGGUGCUCAAUGAUUUCUUUUUUUUUUUUUUUUUUUUUUUUUUUUUACACACAAAUCAAAAUUGAAGGUGAAUUGAUUUAGUAAAUAACAAUGAUAAUGGUAAUGAUAUUUAUAAUGAUGAUCAUAUCAAUAAAAUGGAAUGAGAUUUUUUUUCUCCUGCCUGUUUCCACUUUUGUAUUUCAUUAGAAAAAGUGAAAUUAAACUAUUUUCUACGA